ACUUCCUGUCAUCUCAACAAUUCUGUGAAGGGCCUCACUUCCCUUUUUUCACUAACAGCAUCGGAAAUCAGCUUCAUUGGGGUCCCAGCCUCCACCCCAGGGAAGGGGCACUGAACUCUGUCAGAAGAACACCAAGACUGAAGUUGCCCAGGAACGCCUCUUAAUCGUCUUGGAUCCUGUCAUCCAAUAUAUUUACCAUCUCUCCCAGAUUCGUGUCACCUGAAAAUUUGAUAAGCACAUCAUUCGUCCAAUAAUAUCAUUCAUUCCCAUGUGAAUCACCAGACAUGCUGGUUUGACAAGUCUUUGGAGGCUCUCCAUCAUAUUGGCAAGACCGCCCCAGCAUGGGCAUGAGUAGCUUGAAAGUGCUGAAAUAUGUGGUAUUUUUCUUCAACCUACUGUUCUGGGUCUGUGGCUGUACCAUUUUGGGCUUUGGGAUCUAUUUCCUGAUCAAAAAUAGUUUUGGAGCCCUGUUCUACACUCUUCCCUCCCUCACCGUGGGCAAUGUUGUCAUCAUUGUAGGAUCCAUCAUCAUGGUGGUUGCCUUCCUUGGAUGCAUGGGCUCAAUUAAGGAAAACAAGUGCCUUCUCAUGUCGUUCUUUGUCCUGCUCCUGUUCAUCCUUUUGAUUGAGGUGACCAUGGCCAUCCUGCUCUUUGUGUAUGAACAGAAGAUAGAUGAUUAUGUGGCCAAUGACCUGAGCCAGAGUAUCCAACGCUACAACUCUGAUAACAACACCAAGACGGCAUGGGAUGGAAUCCAGAAGUAUCUAGAGUGUUGUGGUGUAAAUGGCACAAGCGACUGGAAUGGCCACCCCCCAGUAUCUUGCCCCACUGAUCCAAAUACUCAGGGAUGCUACAUGAAAGCAAAAAUAUGGUUUCAUUCAAAUUUCUUGUAUAUUGGAAUUCUUAUCAUCAGUGUAUGUGUCAUCCAGGUGCUGGGGAUGUCCUUUGCAUUGACCCUGAACUGCCAGAUUGAGAAAAACAGCCAAUCUCUUGGGAUAUGACCGGAGCUAUCCGGUUGGAGAGAGGGACAUCACAACCAUGGAAACAUGCUUCACCGCUGGAAACCCUUCUCUAAUUCUUCCUUAUGGACAUGAAUCCUUCAAUUAUCACUUUCCUGAAUUGGCUACUUAGCUCUCCAGUUGCCUUUUCUCUUGGCCUUGCUUUGCCUCAUCCUCUAACCUAAGUAGUUGGUGAAGCAUUUGUUGGAGGUCACUGUGAAUAAAGCUCUCAUUCCUCCCACCACAUCCCUUAAGGUAGUAACACAAGUACCAAUGCCUAGGAGGGCUUUGCAGAUGCUGAAGGCCAAGAGAGCCUCUGAAGCUAACAGUCCAAGCUGACUCGUUUGUUCAACAUUUCAAACCAAUGUUGACUCAUUCAUUCAAGCAUAUAUUAAGCACUGACUAUAUGCCAGACACUGUGCUAGGCACUGGGGGUACAAAGGUUCAAAGCAUCAGUUUGGUAUCUGGAUGUGAAUUGCCUGGCCCUAUUCUAAGCAGAACAAAAGGAGGGAGUCUGAAAUGUCCCAGGCUUUCUCCAUCUUUCUCCUAAAUGCCCACCCAACUAAUCCGAGCCCUCUACCUUCAAUAUUACCCAGCCUGUCCCAACCAGCCCCCAAAUACUCCUUAUCCCCUCACACCUAGGCCACUUUACCUAGGGUAAAGAUUGAAGAUGUUCAAUGCAAGAAUGCCUCGCUAGCUAUCCAAACCCAGCCAAAGACAGUCUGAGCAGAGUUCCAGCACCAAAUUCACCAGAUCCUCAUCAUGACCAUCUACUCCCCUUUGACUAGAGGGCCAUAGCUGAGAAGGAAGAUGCUGUGGGCUCUUAUUCUGAGAGGGGAGGCUUUGCUUAUGCUCAGUGCCCCCUUUUUAGAGGGCCAUACUGACUUCCCCAAAAUACUUCUGGAAUAAUUUGUUUGUUGUUUGAUCAUACUCUCACCAACCAGCCAAUCAGUCCAAUUCCUUUAGCAGAAAAUGAGAAUUUCAGUGGAGUGCAUAGCUGGGGUGCAAAACCCAUAAUCCCUGCUAAAGUAAUGUCAGCUAUUACAUCAAAAAAUGAUUUGUUGAUAUUUCUGUGUUUUGUCUAUUAACUAAGGAUUUCUUCAUGUGUUUCCCCCAUUGCAAUAAAUUAAACAUUUCAAAUUUUUGUUA